UAGAAUAGCUGGGCAGAAGAAGCCGUCCCUUUCACUCGUUCAAAACGACGUUUUAACGUCAUUACGUCGACGUUGGUGCGGAAGUCGACACGUGGGAAAAGAAGUCCACACAUUCUGGUUGGAAGGCCAAACCAUCGGCUAAGUAACCAGCCAUGGCAGUCCGCGCAUCCUUUGAAAAGAACAACGAAAUCGGCUGCUUCGCCAAACUUACGAACACAUACUGCCUUGUAGCCAUUGGUGGUUCAGAGAACUUUUACAGUGUCUUUGAAGGAGAAUUGUCAGAAACUAUACCUGUUGUACACGCCUCCAUAGCAGGAUGUCGUAUAAUUGGAAGGAUGUGUGUGGGAAACCGACACGGUCUGCUAGUGCCCAACAACGCCACGGACCAGGAGCUGCAGCACCUGCGGAACUGCCUGCCGGACAGCGUGAAGAUCCAGCGGGUGGAGGAGAGGCUGUCGGCUCUGGGGAACGUCAUCGCCUGUAACGAUUACGUGGCGCUGGUGCACCCCGACCUGGACAGGGAGACAGAGGAGAUCCUGGCCGACAGUCUGAAGGUGGAGGUGUUCCGGCAGACGGUAGCAGAGCAGGUGCUGGUGGGGAGCUACUGCACCUUCAGCAAUCAGGGUGGGCUCGUGCACCCAAAGACCUCAAUAGAAGACCAAGACGAACUGUCCUCUCUCCUCCAAGUGCCCCUAGUGGCAGGAACGGUAAAUCGGGGGAGCGAGGUCAUCGCGGCGGGGAUGGUGGUGAACGACUGGUGUGCGUUCUGCGGCCUGGACACCACCAGCACGGAGCUGUCGGUAAUCGAAAGCGUGUUCCGACUGAGCGAAGCCCAGCCCAGCACCAUCGCCACCACCAUGAGAGACUCGCUCAUCGAUAGCCUCACCUAAGAGACCUGCCGGUGUUGCCGGAUAUGCGCUGUUGGGAGUCCCGAGCGAUGUGUACAUCUGACACAUUUAACACACCGGACAACAUCCUUUUAAAGGAUGUUUAACCCCUGUCUGGUUUUUUUUUUUCAGCAACAACCAUGUAUAACGAUUAAAUGAGAUGCGAUUGUGUAACUGGCAGUGUAAAUGAACAAGUCUGCUAAAGUUUUUGUAUAAAAACUUUCCAUUACCGCUGGGUGCCAGUCACUUUUAAUGACAUAACUUUCUCAGUUAUGCAUAAGAGGGUCUAACUCUUAAGGAGUGUGAAGAAUGUUUAUUUUAUUGUUGUCGAUUGCUUAAGGAGUAGAAUAAAGUUAGUAGAACAAA